AUGAGUUAAGUAAUAAUAAAAUGCGCUAAUACAGAACAUAUUAAUAACGUAAAAUUAGUAUGUUUUGAUGAAUUUUGUAAGGCUGAUAGAUUAUAUUGUAUGUAAUGUAAUAGAAAUGGGACUCAUGUUUCUCAUCCCUAACAUUAGUAUGAAUUACCAAUUUUAUUUGAUCACAUAGAGUAAAUCUAAAGAAAAACUGAUCAAUUAAUUGAUUAAUUAAAUAUUCAAAUGGAUUUAGUUUAUCAAUCUUUUUAUUAAUUAAUUAGAAAUAUUAGAAUUAAAUAUCAAAUUACAAGAAGUGAAUUUCUUAAACUUAACCCUAAAUAAAUGAAUUCUAUAUUUUUUGAAAGUCUUUAAUUCGAAUAAUUUAACUAAGUGUUUCUAAAACAAUUUUUAAAUUCAUCUUAAGUUUUUAAAGAUCAAUUAAUAAAAUUAAAUUCAGAUUUAAACUUAAAUCAAUUGAAUUAUUAUCAAUAAUCCAAAAAUGAUAUAAUAAAAUCUAAAGAAUUAUAUUAAUAAGGUAUUUUAUAUUAGUAAUUAGGCUAUAAUUUAUAUUUAAAUGAAAGCAAUUAUCAAGAAGCAAUAAAGAUAUUUGAUUAAGCCAUAAGUUUUAAUCCCAAAAAUUACCAAGCAUUGUGGUGUAAAGGUAGAAUGAUUAUUUAAAAUUUUAGGUGAGAACUUAAGGAUGCUAAGUAAAUAUAAUGAGGCACUUAUUUAUGCAGAUAAAGCAUUAGAAAUAAAUUCUCAACAUCAAAAUUCAUUAUAUUUAAAAUGUAAAAGCUAAUUUUAUACUAUAGCUGCCUGUUUUAGAAGACUUUGUUAAUAUGAAGAAGCAAUUAUUUGGGCAGACAAGGCAUUAAAAAUAAAUCCAAAAGAUUGUCCUUCAUUAGCCUGUAAGGGUAAAAAAUUUAUUAAUUCAAAGGUAACGCAUUAAGAUUAUUGAAAAUGCUAAAAGAAGCAUCAGAAAUAAUUGAUUAUUCACUAAAAAUUAAUCCAAAUCAUAUUGGUUCAUUAGAAACAAAGGGUUAGUGAUAUAAUUAAUUUUAAGGUGUUAUUUUACAAGAUCAGAAUCGAUAUGAAGAAGCAUUAAUCUAUUUUGAUAAGGUAUUAAGUAUCAACUAAAAGAAUUUAUGGGUAUAAGAACGAAAAAGUAUUUUUUAUUGUUAAUUUAAAUUAGAAGAAUGUUUGGACUCUUUAAUAUAGCCAUGA